AUGAAGGACAUAGCUGAUUUGCAAGCUAUUGGAACAGGUGACAAUUAUAGACUUAUUCAAGACUUGCAAAAGACGGCGAACCUUUAUCUUGAGAAGGAAGAACUAAAAUGGAAGCAAAGGGUAAAGCAAAACUGGUUGCAUAAAGGAGACAGAAACACUCAAUACUAUCACAACACCGUAGCCUCAGAGUCGACUUUUAGCACCGGAGGACGUGUAUUAGAUUCAUUUCGGAGUUCAUUAGCUCCUGCUACUGUGGAGGCUUUGAUUUGCACGCAAAAUUGGAUCAAGGGAACUCCAAUUCAUGUUUCAGAUGUUCUUAAGUAUGAGGAGGCCGACGUCAAGGAGGAGGGUGAUGAUCAGCCUGGAUUUGUGAUACAUGAGACGGCGUCUACAGCUACCUCUGAUGCAGUAUGGCUUUGUGUUGGACCCACCAUUGACAUGUCUCACAGCAAUCAACACAACUCACCAUUCAGUGAACUCACCGAUACGGCUCCACCCCAAAAUCAAAUUGAUCAAAUUGAAAAAUUAUGAUUUUGUUAAUUUACAAUUAAUUGUAAUGUUGCUACAAUAGUUAAUUGUACAAUUUGUACUAUUUAUUUUUUUAGAGGAG